GCGUUACAGAUGUUUAGUCGAACAACAGAGUGUGGUAGUCUUAGCAGGUCGAUGGUGCUGUUCGUACCGACGGUUCGUUUGCAGCCGUCUUUGCUUCGCGAUGCGUCCACUGAUGUGUGUUUCUGCACAUGGCCGUGCCGCCCAACGGGCUUCUGCAUUGUUCCACGGUUUUUCGCACUCUAACACCGGUAAAUGGACUUAUUGUAGUUAGAUUUCCUAUGCCAAUGGUUGAAAAACACGUGUUCUGUGCCUUGAAUUAUACAAAAAUACAUUUUCGUGUCGUUAACCAUAAUUAAUGAGCCAAAAAGUGAGUCCUGGGGUAAUAUCGCAUCAGUGUUUAGUUCACGUUUUAGAAUUAGCAUUAGCUGCUACGAGAUUCUCAAGGUUCUCGUUGUUUUUUUGUAAAAGCGUAAUCGAUUACGCACAAUUUUACAUCGUCAGAGAGGAUACUAUUGGCAAGAAUUUUUUUUUCACUUAAGUCAACACGUUAAUAAUGUGCUAUUCAAGGACGUGCAGCGACAAAUAAAUCUGUAUGUGUUAUUGAUUGCUUGUGGUAGCAACGGGCCCUUUAAAUUGGGUCCCUUAAAUAAAUAAUAUUUGUUAAAAAUUGAACAUUUUGUAAAAGAAAAUCUAUGUUUUAUGACACUGCUGGUCAAAGGUUCCAUCGAAAUGAAAACCUAUAGAAAUAAAAUUAUCUUAAAUAUAGAACAAGAUUUUCAAGUGUGUUCAUUUGAUUAUAUUUAUCAUUUUUAGAAGAAUUAUACUAUAUAUUACAUCCAUCAUGACUACAUCAUCGGAAGAUGUUCUAAUGCAAGUAGGACAAGUUCGUUAUAAAAAGGGAGAUGGUACUUUAUAUGUCAUGAAUGAAAGAAUAGCCUGGAUGCUUGAUAACAGAGACACUGUAUCAGUCAGUCAUAAAUAUGCUGACAUUAAGUUACAAAAGAUAUCACCAGAAGGAAAAUCAAAAAUACAGUUGCAAGUUGUACUGCACGAUGGUUCAUCAUCUAUAUUUCAUUUUGUAAACAGAAAUGGGCAAGAGGCACAAAUUAAAGAUCGUGAUGAUGUAAAAGAAUUACUUCAACAAUUAUUACCAAAAUUUAAAAGAAAAGUAAAUAAAGAAUUGGAAGAAAAAAAUAGAAUGCUUCAAGAAAAUCCUGUGCUGCUUCAGUUAUACAGAGAUUUGGUUAUCACCCAAGUUAUUUCAUCUGAAGAAUUUUGGUCACAGCACGCCGCAGAAUAUACCCAAGCUAAGAAAAGUCAAAGACAAGAAAUAGGAGUAAAUAGUGCUUUUUUGGCUGAUAUAAAACCACAAACCGAUGGUUGUAAUGGUUUGAAGUAUAAUUUAACUGUUGAUAUUAUAGAAUGUAUAUUUAAAACUUAUCCAGCGGUAAAAAGAAAACAUCAAGAGAAUGUGCCUCAUAAAAUGUCAGAGUCAGAUUUUUGGACAAAGUUCUUUCAGUCACAUUAUUUUCAUCGAGAUCGUAUCAAUGCAGGGACCAAGGAUCUUUUUACCGAAUGUGCCAAAAUAGAUGAUCAAGAACUUAAGAAAGAUAUUCAGUCGGGUAUUGAUGAUCCAUUGGUGGAUAUAACUUCUUUUGAAGAUCAAACCCUAGAUGAAAAUUAUGGGAAUGGACCCACUAAAUCUGAUAAAAUUUCGGGAAAUAUUGUACAUCAAAGUAUGAUUAAGAGAUUUAAUCAGCACAGUAUCAUGGUUUUAAAAGCUAGUACUGUCAAGCAAUCUACACAGUCCAUUCAACCACAAUUAAAUGGAUCAACGCCAUCAGCGAGUAAAACUGCAACAUUGUCUAAUCAGUUAGAUGAACGACCAAAGAUUAAAAAGCUUAGAAUACAAGAAAAAUUAAUUUAUGAUGAUCUCGAUGCCACUUAUGAUACAAAUUCAAAUAGUAGUGCGCCGUUAAAUUUGAAUCAUGUAGACAGGUACUUACAUGGUCCAGUGCCAGGAUAUAGUAAUACGGAACCAACAUCUGAAGAACUCCUUAUAACAUUAAAUCAAUUAAAAAAAGAAGCAAGUGGUUGGCUAACGGGAAAUAGUAUACCAAGACAAUUAGCAACAUCAUUAGUUAGUCCGGCUGCAGCAGUUUCGGCUCUAGGAGAAUUAACUCCAGGUGGCUCUUUAAUGAAAGGUUUCAGAGAGGAAAGUCUUGGACAAUUAAUACCAAAGGAUUUAGAAAAAGAACUACGUAAUGUAUAUGUGUGUACAUGUGAACUUUUAAGGCAUUUUUGGAGAAGUUUCCCACCUACAACUCCACAGCUUGAAGAAAAAGCUAUUAGAAUGCACGAGGCGUUACAUAGAUUUCAUUCUGCCAAACUUAAACCUUUUGAAGAUCGUGUUCAACGAGAUUUUUCUGCUGUUAGUCAACAUUUGACAAGUCAUUUAAAUCAAUUAUUAAAUACAGCAUAUAGAAAAUUCGCAGUUUGGCAACAACGUAAAAUGCAAAUGAGGUAGCCAUUGAAUAAUUUGUCGUACAAUUAAAAACAAU